AUGCCCUUCACUGUGCCAAUACAAUGCACUGACGCUGGAAAACCUGACCAAUCUGAAGGACCCUUCCUCAGACCUCAGCAGAAGAAAGUUCUCCAGGGAGCCGUCUGCAAUGCUCUAGCUGAUUGUCAAGAGGUAAUGGGGGACACAAGCCAGGACAAAGGGCCUGAGUACUGCCCCAAUAUUGACAUCAAACCUCCUCCCUUCAACAACAAUUAUGACUUUUUAAUUAAUGAAGUAGUAAAAUCAACUCACCUGAAAACUGCCGAAUUAUUGGAACCUCCAACUGGAGAAAGUGCUCAAGCAUCUGCCAGUAACUUGUAUGAUGACUACAGAAACACCUUUAGCUUUGAGGCAAUCAGGAGUGCUUCAGAACAGCCAACUACAAAUAUUCCUGACCCCUUCCUGAAUGGACGAGUGGUGCUUUCAGGAUCAGACUACCCCUUUGGGGAAAAGGAAUACUCUGAAACUUUAAAUGUUCCUGUUCCAGGGAUCUUGGACUCAGGGGGCAUUUAUCAUUCCACAGAGUGUGUGUCUGUUAUACCAGAUCUUCUUAAUUCUCCGGAGAUGAGUAGGCCACAGCAGAGCCCGUGGAGCCCCCGUCAAUCGCCGGAAGAUUGCUGUGCGGAACAUGAAACCACACUGAACUCUGAAUCAAGCCUCAAUUCCCAAGUCUGUGAAUUCUGCCAGGCUGUGUUCCCAGCUGGUGCAGCAACCCGAGAUGAUUACUUGUUGCACCUCACUGGACAUAUUGAAUGUGAUUAA